CUCACCGCGCACAAUCAAUACAACGCGACGCGGCUCGACGCAGCCCACCUCCCCCCCGCUCCGCUUCCCCUCUUCCGCUUGUGGCUACACGAAGCCCUGCGCCCAACGCACGGCCAGCCCGCCGUCCGCGAGCCCGAGGCCAUGACGCUGUCCACCUGCGCCAACGGCAUUCCCUCUUCGCGCGUCGUCCUGCUCAAGGAGGUCGACGAAGGCUUCGUCUUCUUCACGAACUACACGUCGCGCAAGGGCCGCGAGCUGACGGGCCACGCCGCGCUCUGCUUCCACUGGCGCGAGGUGUCGCGGCAGGUACGCGUGGUGGGCGAGGUGCAGAAGGUGUCGCGCGAAGAGAGCGAGGCGUACUUUGCCACCAGGCCGCGCGGGAGCCAGAUUGGCGCGUGGGCCAGUCCCCAGAGCCAGGCGGUCGGCGAGGGCGAGAUGGAACGGCGCGUCAAGGAGGUCGAGGAGAAGUAUCCGGGUGAGGUGCCGUGUCCCCCGCACUGGGGCGGGUAUCGGGUCAUGCCUAUCGAAGUCGAGUUUUGGGCGGGCCAGCCGAGCCGCCUGCACGACCGAUUUGUGUUCACCCGCCCGGACAUCAAAUCUGAGUGGAGCGUUAAGCGCCUCGCGCCAUGA